UGUCUCUGAAGACGCACACGCAUGUUGUUUGGGUUGUAGGUUGUAGGGUGUUGAGCGCUGUGUUUGUCAUUUUGCGCAUUUGUAUUGAACGAUGGCAAGAUUUUGCUUUCUUUAUGGGUCAUAAUGCAGCAUAAGAAUGUGAAAAUCAGUCAAAGACCAGUACCUGUGAAGCGGAGAGGACUUCCCUUACUUUGUAGGAAUCCCUUGAGGCAGAAUGGAUUUUGGGGAAUCCUGAAGCACCUCUGCUUUCACCCGAGCUGCGUCUGUUUUUCCAACUUCAAUAAAGGAAGAAAGAAUUGGUUUCUGCGUAAAAAGAAAUGGCAAGGCACCCAAUAUAAAUGUUUAAAGGGUGUGUUUUUUAAGAGAAAUUCCGACUCUAACGCAAACCCAAAGAAAUCCAGUACACUGAUAUCAGCAGGAAUUGCCCUUGAAGAGAUAGAGAAUGGCAGUACUUUACCUGAGGAAACUUUAACAUCAAACCCACAAGCAAAAGUGUAUGCUGAGAAAGAAACUGAUAAAGAGUUGCCUGCAUUUCCUAGUCCACAGAUUGAGAGUUCAGCUUGUGAUGCACAUUUUCCAAGGCAUAUUGCUAUUUCUAGUGAAGACACUUCUGCUUUAUCUGUCCAGACAUGCAGCUCUCUAACGAAUGGGAGGGGCAUUCACAGCAACAACAAAGCAGCCAUGGUAGCUAAAAGCAGUUAUAAGAAAGCUCAUUUUAAGAUGCCACAUACUGUCAAUAAGAAUAAGAAGCAUGUGAGAUCAGCUCUCAAAGACAAAAACUUUCCUUUGUUGAUGCGGAUUACUGGGUCAUCUCUCUUCAAAUUUGCACAUCGAUGUAGAUUGAAGAACUUGUCAAUAGGAAGGCACAGAAAAGCAGAACGAGCGAAAUACUUGUCAAGGAUUUCCACUAGCAGACAGAAAAAGCUAAGAGAGAUAGCGCUGAACUUCUUAUCUCAGUGCAAUACAGACUCAGGAGACACAGUGGAAGAAACAAACAGUUACCGGCUGCUAAAAUUAAGAAAGUACAAGAAGCCUACUUUGAAUAAAACUAGGAAACAUGGGCUAACUCAUUCAGAUCUAGAAGAAAUGAGUUCACAGGACACCUCAGUCUCUGUAGAGAUUGCAUUGGUGGAAACAGCUGAAAAAGACCCCAAUUCUGAGCCUGUGGAUCAGAUGUGCAACAUUGCUAGUGAAGCUAGUGGUGAAUGCAAACAGACGUUUGUGAAAAAAGCAGUUUCACCUAAAAGUGGAAAACUAAAAGAUGAUCUAGGGCAACUAGCUACUGACCAGAUAGAACAUGCCUUAGUUAAUGGCACAGGUGAUGCAGUGAGUAAUAACACUGAUAAAAGCACUGGCAAGGAGGUAGGGCUUCCUGUUUCAUGCUCAAACCCUUUCCAGCCACCGUUACGGGAUCACGUGUAUUGUAAGAGUCGUGGUUCUGUAGCUGGAGAUCUUACUGAUGAAUCUGAUGGAAGUGAGAGCAUGACAAAAGUGCAGCUACUGACCACCGCAACUGGCGACGAAGAAAUUACUGAACUUGUUCAUGAUUAUCUGGAGGAGUUUUAUGGGAAAUAUGGCAGUUUUAUUCCUCUUAGUGAAAAUGAUGUACUGGAAAAUCUACAACAGGUUUUAAAUCAAGAUGUUUCUGAUAGAAAACCUUUCAUAUUCAUGGAAAUCAUGAAGUAUCAGGCUGCACUUGCAAAUGCUCCAAUGUUCAAUUUCAAAGUGUCCUAUAACAAGCAUACCUUGACUUUGGAGGAUCUGUCUACUUUGGAUAGCCAGAACUGGCUGAAUGAUCAGGUUAUAAAUAUGUAUGGUGAGUUGGUUAUGGAUGCAGUACCCAAUAAGGUUCACUUCUUUAACAGUUUCUUUCAUAAACAACUUGUAACCAGAGGAUAUGAAGGAGUGAAGAGGUGGACCAAAAAGGUAGACCUGUUCAGUAAAUCCCUUUUGUUGAUUCCUAUUCACCUGGAGAUCCACUGGUCUCUCAUCACUGUGGAUAUGCCUAACCAGCACAUCCAGUUCUACGACUCUCAGGGAGUUCAUUUCAGAUACCCUGUUGAGAACAUCUUGAGAUACUUGCUGACUGAAGCUAAAGAGAAGGGCAAGCCAAUUUUCCAGAAAGGUUGGAAAAUGAUCGUGAGCAAGUGCAUUCCACAACAGAACAAUGACAGUGACUGUGGCGUGUUUGUUUUACAGUACUGCAAGUGCCUGGCCUUAGGAAAACCUUUUCAGUUUUCCCAAGAGGACAUGCCCAAAGUACGAAAAAGGAUAUAUAAGGAGCUUUGUGAAUGCAGGCUCUUGGAAUGAGAGGGAACUGCCCGUGGCAUUGCUUCCUUCACAUUUUAGUGUUGUUUUCUCUAAGUCAGAGAUGUGUGUCUGCCUUAGUGGGCAGUGAAUCGGGUAUAUGAUUUCAGACCAAAUACGUUAUGGAAAAGUUGGUUAAUUCUGUGAAAUUCAAUUAAGAGUGUGAAACUUAAUUGUAACAGGUUCCUUUAUAAUGGAAGCAGGGAUACUUGCGUGCUCACUCAACAGUCCACUAUACAGUUAAUACAUGGGGGGGGGGAGACUUUGGGCUUUUGUGUUACUGGUAGGUGACUGACUUUAGACCCUGAUUUUAUGCAGUGUUGUACUAGAACCCCUCCAGCUAGGCUAGAAAAUGUAGUACUGUUUAUAGGAUAAGGUCUGCUAAGGUGAAAACCUACUGUUACCUCAAGUUAAAGUUUAUAAUUUGUUUACAAUCAGUUAUUGUAAUUGCCUGAUCAAUAAUGUGCCUGGACUUAAAGGCAUGGAAAUAUGGCAAUGAGUCCAUCUGGGGCCCUGUGCACAGUAUUAAGCAUCUUUUUUGUGUGACAAGCUGAUUUUAAGGUAAUUAUAACCAAAUUAUGUUUACCAUAUUGUUAGAGCGUUUAACUCAUUUGUUCACUUGAUUAGAGUUCCUAAGCUAUAUGAAGCCGCCAAGACUUGAAUAAUUUUUUUUUUUUUUUUUUUUUUUUUUUAAGAACAGUGCACUAUAAAAACAGAUUAUUUAUCAAUGAGGAUAACCAUACAGAAGUGCCUGCAUUCUGUUACACAGACAUAGCUUUUUGGAGUUAGUUAUGUUCUAUUUUUACUUGGCGCCAGCUCAUUUUUCAAGGGUUUAAGUGGAACAAGUAUAGGGAAGCAACAAUUCAGAUGUAUAUUUAGAGAUAACAUUUUUUUUUGAGCAUGCUAUUACUCUAUAGGUUUGGUAUACUACAGCAAUGUUUACAAUGUAAAUGUUUGGAGUUUAAAGGAGGGAAUAGCUGUAAAACUACUUGAACUGUAAACAAAAGAAAAAUGUUUGAAAAAUAAAAGUGAAAAGUGAGUGCUUUUCUCAAUGUUGGACUCUAGUGUUGAGCAUUUGUUUGGGUGUUAUACUGUACAGUACAAUUCAAAUGUUUGUCUUUGGCACAUUUGUACUUAUACUAAAGAGGCUUAAGUUAUACUUCUGAAUUUACAUUUCUAUCCAUUUAUUACUCAUUUUUCAGACUCUGAUAUUUUAUAUAUUAAAUAAAGGCACCAACAUAUUUACAUUUUUAGGCAGUUUCUUAGCUAGCCUAAGGUGGUAUACAAAUUGUAAUUUCUUGACCGCUUGCAAUGCAAAAUCACUGACAAACUCCCUGUUUCAGGGAGGAAUAAGUUAGAGGUGCACGUCACGAGUGAACAUUUUAUACUGGUUUUUGUUUUUUAUUAAAUGUUACUUAUCCUGGUGACUAUUACGCAUGCAGAGUAUCUAUGAAAAAAGAAAAGAUAAUUAAGAACACAUCAUGGGAAUAAUAACCAUAUCUCAAUUCAGAGGGUGUAAGGUAUUCCUGUAACUAUCCAACAUGGUAAACCCAACCCAAUCUCUAUAGAACAAAGUAAAAAAAAUAUUGUAUUGCACAGUGUCUCUCAUUUUCUCAAAGAGAAACGUCCAAUGUGAUGCAUUUUUUUAAAAUAUACAGUAUAGGGACCAUCUAAAUGAGUUUCCACGCAAAAUGCAAAUUGCAUUGAAUUUACUGGAGCGGUUGUGUUCCUUUUCUUGCUGUAGAGCAGGCUUUGGUCCAAGGCAGCUGUACAUCAGUGAUGCACUCGGUGGUCUGCUUUUUGCAAGGCUGGAUUUUACUUCGCAUUUGACCAAUCUAGUCUUGAACUUAAGUUUGACUAAGCAUGGUAGAAUAGGCUUGCAUUCCCGUACAUUUUUUUUAGGUAAAUGCACAUGUAAAAAAGUUCACUUUAAAUAUAAUACAUGGUUGGUUUAAUUCAACACGCUUCUAAAUCACAAGGGAUCCUCAACCUGUUUUUAGCGGUUUUAUUCACUUUUUAAAUUUAUACUUCAGGAACAGAAUCUAGACCCAAUUAAUAACUGCACUUAAAUGGUACACAAUUUUUGUUGUUUGUAUUCUUAAGAUAACCUUCCAAUCACAGUGCAGAAGUAACCUAUCUUUAAAACAAACACUUGAUUUCACCUAACUAUUAGGUGUCAAUGUUAGGCUUGUUUAAAAUGAAACACAGUAGCACCUGGUGGCAAUCUGAAGACCAAGUUUGUUUCAUUAAAAUAAAUAUUUCCAUGUACAUACAGGCAGCUUGACACUCGGUACGCUAAAAGUAUGUUUUUAAAAAAUAAAUUAAAUCAUCUCACUGAAGGGGUGCUGAUGUGACAGUGUUGCAUUCAUUUAUUUAAUAAGACUAGUUUCUUUUGAAUACAAAUACUUCUGGGUGCAAGUCUUUUAUUCUGCUGUUUGCAUGGCUUUUCCUGGAUGUUAAAACUAAAAUAAAAAGUAUGUGGUG